UAUAAGCAGUAAAAUUUCACAUGCGGUGGGUAUACUGCGCGAUCAUUCGAGCGCUUCAGAAAUUCUGCACGUACUCAUAUGCCUAGAUCGAAUUUCUCGGAAUGUGCCUCACAUCUUAAUGAAUCAGUCGGACUUCAUAUCAACGUUUUGUUAUGGCGUCAUGGCACAGACAAUACGCAGCGAAGUCGACAAGCAAUUGAUUCGCUAUUGCAGUCGAAUUAUUUUGAAUUUGGCGCGUUACAAUAGUACUACUGCAAAUACUUUCCAGGAGAGCGGUCUUGUCACUAUAGCUCAGAUGCUGCUGCGCUGGUGUGACAAGGAUAGUGAAAUAUUCAAUACUUUAUGUACGCUAAUUUGGCUAUUUGCACAUUGUCCCUACAAGCGCCACAUAAUUCGGGAGUAUAUGACGACUCCUGAAUCAUUAUAUGUGGUGCGGGAGACUAAAAAACUUGUUGCGCGUAAAGAGCGCAUGAAUCAAAAUGUACGCAAGCCUGUUGCACCGUCACGUGCUCCCAAACAGCAACUAUUCCGCAGUCGUGCGUUACCUAGCCUCGAACCCGACUACGGCGUCAUACAUAAUAAGCCGUAUACGUUUGUAUCGUCGAUAUUUGCAUUUGAUAUGCUGCUAGCUGAACUGGAAAUUGAAGUCAAUUAAAUGUAUUUCUUUUAUUGUUUUCUUUGUUUUAGUGUAUAUGAUUAACACAUUCAUUUUUUUAUCCGUUGUAUGUAAGAAUUUCCGUAACAAGAAUUUUCAUAUUUGAUUUGUUUUCUAUACCAGAUACGAGAGUUUUCCAAAACACAUGGAUACAAAGCAUUAUAAGAUGUUUGUGUUCAAAAAUGCAUGAAACCACAGCAUCAGUCUCUUUUAUUUCUACACUAUAAUUGGUGGAAAUGCCUUAUUUGCGCAAUUAAGUUCCAAUGCGGCAUUUAACCGUGGUUGCGCAUAUUGGUCAUUUCCUUAAAUUAUAGUUUCGAAAUAAAAGAGACUGACGCUUUGGCUUGAUGCAUUUUUGAACACAGACUUCUAACGCUUUCUAUCGAUUGUAUUGAUGCGUUCUGGAAUAUAGCCAUACUAUCAGAAGACUAUCCGAUAUACAUAUAUAUCAAAUAGACUAGUUGGCUGUACAAUACUUUUUGUCGGCUACGACUAUGAUAACGUUAAUUUAUCCACUGUAAUUAAUUGCCGUAAAUGUUAGUUAAAAUUUUUUUAUUUAAAUAAACGUUAAGGAUAUAAUUUUUGCAUGGUAAACUAAUUUCUUGCACUUGUACACAGACGAAUGCUAACUUUGUACCCAUAACCAGCGUAAGCGGAAAGAUUAAGUAAGCUUGGGUCAACCGUAUGCUUCUUUUCAAAGCAGAAGAAAUGAUACCCACUUCAACCAGAAAUUCAUUUGAAUCCUUAGAUGGAUAUUGACAAGCGUUGAGUGAUCAAAAGACUACAAACUGCAGAAAAUAUAUUCGCCUCUUACUUUUACUAGUGGUGAAGCCUGAAUAGUAAUCGAGAAGUAGUAAAGUCAUUUACCACAAGCACAAUAAGUUAAAUAGCCCAUUUUUUCUGGGCGAAACACAAAUUUCAAAAUCGCCAUAUAUACAUACAUACA